UCUACAGUGAGUUAAACAAAGUGUCUCAACACCGCACAAUCGACGAUAUGGACUCUAUCGACCUAACGUACGCCUCUCUCCCGCUCACGGUUAUUACCAUCACUGGCGUACUCUCCCUGGCAGCUUUCCUACUCUACAAAUGGCUUUUGCCGAAACCUAUCCAUGGGAUACCAUGCAACAAAGAGGCCACGAGAUCUCUUUUUGGUGACAUCCCAUCUAUGCUCAAUCACCUAAAGACCCACAAAACCUUCAGCGACUGGUUUUUGAGCCACAACACUAGACACAAAUCUCCCAUAGUACAGAUCUUUCCCAACCCUUUCGGGAAGCCCGUGGUCAUGAUCAGCGAUUAUCGCGAAUCACAGGAUAUCCUUAUGAGACGAACUAAAGAGUUUGACAAGCCGGACCUGAUUAGCGAUAUUUUCUUCGGCCUAAGUUCCGAACAGCACAUGGUGCUGCCAACGAAUGAUGCCUUUCGAGCCCAGCGAAAGCUGUUGCAGGACCGGUCAGAAGCCCACGUCAUGGCUCCUGGCUUCCUCAAUGGAGUCGCUGCGCCUCAACUUCAUGCCAGUUUCAUGGAUCUUAUAAGCCUUUGGAGGGAGAAGAUGCGCCUAAGUGAAGGCCGCCCAUUCUCUGUGAAGGUUGAUAUAAAUGACGCCGCCUUGGAGGCCAUUUGGGCUUCUAUCUUCGGAAUCGAGGAAACUGCUACAAUUACGCGCGAGCAAGUCACCUUGUUAUCUUCCAAGAAGAAUAUCGAAUUGCCACCGUCUGUGGACCUAGAAGUUGGCUUUCCUCGUGCAUCGGCCCCACCGGAGUUUGAUGCGAUCCUUAGACUUACUGACACGAUAGAAAUCGUUAUCAAGUCCCCAGCCCCGAGGCUCGUCGGGCGUCUCCUGCGGUGGGUGCCUCGUAUUAGCAAGCUGCUCAAAUUGAGGGACGAGAUGAUAUCUGCUCAGAUCUCCAAAGCCGAGAAAAGAAUGGCCCACACCAAGGGAACCGCAGACAAGAUUUCAAAUGCAGUCGAUCAUGUGCUGCGCAGAGAAUUGAUGGCUGCGGAACGGCAGAAUCGGGCGCCUCACUACCAAUCAAAGGUUAUAAUCGCAGAGCUAUUUGGCUUGCUCGUUGCGGGGCACGAUACAACUUCGACGGCACUUUCAUGGGCUCUAAAACUCCUUGCUGGGAGUCAGGACAUCCAACGAAAGCUUCGUUCUGAGCUUCGAUCAUCCUUUGCCGCUGCGCACUCGCAAAACAGGGUUCCAGAUGCGCACGAGAUCGCUACAACUCAAAACCACUACCUAGAUGCCUGCCUCGAAGAGAUUUUACGCUGCGCGCAAACUGCAACCAUUCCGUCACGGACUGCAACUACCGAUGCUGUCAUUCUUGGGCAUGUUAUACCAAAGGGAACGAGGGUUAUGAUGUGUGGUCUCGGCGGGGGCCUUAUGGUGCCACCUUUUGAAAUCGACGACGCCCUGCGAAGCAAAUCAUACCAUGUUGCAGGAGGCGGCAAGGUGGGUGAAUGGGGCUCGGGAGACAUGACCGAAUUCAAGCCCGAUCGAUGGCUGGUCAAAGAUUCAGCUACUGACUCUCAAGUCUUCGAUGCGAUGGCUGGACCACAUCUCCAGUUCGGAGCGGGACCGAGGUCUUGCUUUGGACGGAAACUGGCGUAUUUGGAGCUCAGGCUUGCGAUUGUUCUAGUAAUUUGGUCAUUUGAGUUGAAACCGGUACCAGAGAGAUAUGCGAGUUGGGAAGCGGUGGAAGGCCUCACACAUGCUCCCGUUCAGUCUUACGUAAGGCUUGUCGAGGCCUGAACAGCAAGGGUAUUGUGAUUGAGCCUAUAUGCACCCGACAGACUGCUCAGGGGCAUGGCUGCUAUAUCGAUCGUGAUGGACGAGAAAGCCCCAUCUUUUUAACCUGUUUAAGCAUCAUAUCCCUUAUUUUCCUCUUAUAGCUCUUACUGUUCGUGUCUUGCUUUUCUGCUUUUCUACUUUUCUUAUACUGGAUGGAAAUUGAUAACAGCAAUGUUAUAGAAUGGAGUUUGCAAGCCGAAGUAGGAGUGCGGGUGUUUGCUUGUUUGUCGUGACAUAACCUAAGGACCUUCGUGAAAGGAAGGCCUACUAACACUGCUCGAG